GCCCGCCCGCCGCCAUCGUGGCCGCCACCGGGCGCGGCGCGGGGCUAUGACGUCAGGCGGCGGUGGCGCGGGGCUGUGACGUCAGGCGGCGGCAUGGCGGGCAGCGGGCGGAGGCCGGAGCACCGGGGGCCGCCCGAGCUGUUCUACGACGAGGCCGAGGCGCGGAAAUACACGCAGAACUCCCGCGUGGUGGAGAUCCAGUCGCAGAUGUCGGAGCGGGCUGUGGAGCUGCUGGGCCUGCCCGAGGACCGGCCGUGCCUCCUCCUGGACGUGGGCUGUGGCUCUGGGCUGAGCGGGGAUUACAUCUCUGAGGAGGGUCACUACUGGAUUGGCAUGGACAUCAGCCCUGCCAUGCUGGAUGUGGCUGUGGAGAGGGAGGUGGAAGGAGACCUUCUGCUUGCAGAUGUGGGUCAUGGCAUUCCCUUCAGACCUGGCAUGUUUGAUGGCUGUAUCAGUAUCUCUGCAGUGCAGUGGCUCUGUAAUGCUGAUAAGAAAUCCCACAGCCCUCCAAAGCGCCUCUAUAAGUUCUUCUCAACUCUUUAUGCUGCCUUGGCCCGAGGAUCCAGAGCUGUCCUGCAGCUGUACCCUGAGAACUCGGAACAGCUGGAGCUCAUCACAGCCCAGGCCAUGAGAGCUGGCUUUACUGGGGGGAUGGUGGUGGAUUACCCCAACAGUGCCAAAGCCAAGAAGUUCUUCCUUUGUCUCUUUGUUGGGACACCUGGCACGUUACCAAAGGGCCUUGGUACUGAGUGUGCUGAUGGAGAAGAGGUACAGCAGGCCAAGUUCACCAACAAGAGGACACGGUUCACAAACAUGAAGGGCAAGUCUGUGAAGAAGAGCCGGGACUGGAUCCUUGAGAAGAAGGAGCGUAGACGACGACAGGGCAAGGAAGUGCGAGCAGACACCAAAUACACGGGUCGAAAGCGCCGCCCUCGUUUCUGAACUGCUCGGACACUGCUGGGGUGGAAGAAGGUGUGAUGGUCCCUGCACUGAGCCUCCCGCGGGCGGCACAGGUGGUUCCCUGCUGGGACAGGGAUCGUGGCUCUUGAAGGUGGGAACUGGCUCCAGUGCUGCCCAGCUGCCCAGCUUCCUGCCCUCUUCUCUUGGUGAAGGUAGAGUGGCAGGCAGUGCUCCGGCCACUUGGUGUGUGCAAUGCCAUUUUUUUCCUUCCUGAGAGUGCAGGGAGCUCCAUGGGGAGCUCCAGGAGAGCCAGAACAUUCUAUCCAGCCUCCUCACUAAACAGUCAAUGAAUCCCAA